AUGAGGACCUGGUUGCUUCUGCUCGCCGGCGGGAUCUGCAUGGGAAACGUGAACGCACAGGACACGUGCAGGCAGGGGCACCCUGGCGUCCCUGGGAAUCCCGGUCACAAUGGUUUGCCCGGGAGAGAUGGACGAGACGGAGCAAAGGGCGACAAGGGAGAGGCAGGAGAACCAGGACAUCCUGGUGGUCCAGGGAAAGAUGGAAUGAAUGGAGAGAAAGGAGAACGAGGAGCAGACGGAAAAGUCGAAGCCAAAGGCAUCAAAGGCGAUCAAGGCUCCCAGGGACCCCCAGGAAAACACGGGCCCAAGGGAUUUGUUGGUCCCAUGGGAGAGAAAGGCCUCCAGGGGGAGACUGGCCCUCAAGGGCCAAAGGGGGAGAAAGGCGACGUGGGGCCCACUGGUCCUCAGGGGCUACAGGGCCACACUGGGCCUUCGGGGCCAACUGGUCUACCUGGCCCCAUGGGCCCCGUCGGAAAGCCUGGCCCCAAAGGAGAUGCUGGGCCCCUCGGGCCCCAGGGGGAGCCGGGAGUCCGGGGGAUGAGAGGCUGGAAAGGGGACCGAGGCGAAAAAGGGAAAAUCGGCGAGACUCCCGUCUUGCCCAAAAGCGCUUUCACGGUGGGCCUCACGGUACUGAGCAAGUUUCCGGCUUCAGAUGCGCCCAUUAAAUUUGAUAAGAUCCUGUACAACGAAUUCAAUCACUACGAUGUAGCCACAGGGAAAUUCACUUGCCACGUUGCCGGGGUCUAUUACUUCACCUACCACAUCACUGUCUUCUCCAGGAACGUUCAGGUAGCUUUGGUCAAAAAUGGGGUAAAAAUCCUGCACACCAAGGACGGCUACAUGAGCUCGGAGGACCAGGCGUCCGGAGGCAUCGUGCUGCCCCUGAAGCUGGGGGACGAGGUGUGGAUGCAGGUGGCAGGAGGGGAGAGGUUUAACGGCUUGUUUGCGGAUGAGGACGAUGACACAACUUUCACGGGCUUCCUUCUGUUCAGCCAGUGA